GUUGCUGUGAGGUGAACGACGGUUGUACGCAUGUGCAGGCAGGAACCUUGCGGAGUAUGAAAAGAGGUAAACAGCUAGCGUGUUAAAACGAAUCAGAAAUGGAUGCGCAGAAAGAUCUACAGCCGCCCAAGCAGCAGCCUAUGAUCUACAUAUGCGGAGAAUGUCACACCGAGAAUGAAAUCAAAGCCCGCGAUCCCAUCCGAUGCAGAGAGUGUGGCUACAGGAUCAUGUACAAGAAGAGAACAAAGAGAUUGGUUGUUUUUGAUGCCAGAUGAAGAAGAGGAGAGGAGCAGCUUUGAUGCUGUUUACUGUUUGUAAUGUGUGACUAUGUAAAUAAAUAGACCUGGCUUCUGAUUGCUGAACUAGUCAUUUAUUGUCAAAAUAAGCACUAAAGCUGCUUGACAAUUAUGUUACAAGUUUUGUUUAUUAAAAAUAACUCUUUUAAUUA